CAUUCCAUAUUGAUACGCAGCCACUCAUGGAGUGAAAACAGUGAAAACGUCAAAACAACUCCUGAAAAUUAAUUUUCUCCACCAAAUAUCCUAUUUAUUCAUCUAAUCUCGCCGGAAAUCACUCCUCUGUGAUUUGGACAAAUGGCUACAGAGGAUUUCUACUUGCGUUACUACGUAGGGCACAAGGGAAAGUUUGGGCAUGAGUUUCUGGAAUUUGAGUUCCGUCCGGACGGGAAAUUGAGGUACGCCAACAAUUCCAACUACAAGAACGACACGAUGAUCCGGAAGGAGGCCUAUGUACAUCACUCUGUGAUGGAGGAACUCAAGAGAAUCAUCGUAGAUUCGGAAAUUAUGGCUGAAGACGAUGCGGCCUGGCCACCACCGGACCGUGUCGGAAGACAGGAACUAGAGAUUGUAAUUGGGGACGAGCAUAUAUCCUUCACGACUUCCAAAACGGGUUCCCUGGUAGAUGUAAAUCAGUCAAAGGAUCCAGAAGGUCUCCGUGGCUUCUACUACCUCGUCCAGGAUCUCAAAUGCCUGGUGUUCUCUCUUAUUGGACUGCACUUCAAGAUUAAGCCCAUAUAGAGUGGAGAUUAUUGGCCAGUGUGCCGCUUGAUACUCUAAAAAGGUAAAUUUCGUAAUUUUUCGAAUAAAAAACUUAAAAAUCUUCUCUUAUAAAA